UAAAGAGAGGGAGAAAAUAUUUAUGGCUGACAUAUGUGUCACCGGUACUUGCCACGCGUGUACUCAAGAGCUUGUUAAAGAUUUUUCAUCUUUUGGUAGUUUGUAGGAGUAUCAGAAAAAUGACAGCAUUGACAGUACUGCAUAAAUUUUGGUCAGAAUACACGAAGAACACACCUAAGAAACUGAAAAUCAUUGAUGCCUACUUACUGUAUGUGUUUCUGACGGGUGUUACCCAAUUUGUAUAUUGUUGUCUUGUUGGCACAUUCCCAUUCAACAGUUUUCUUAGUGGCUUUAUAUCCUGCGUAUCUUGCUUCAUUCUAGGAGUUUGCCUUCGAUUGCAAGUUAACCCACAGAAUAAAAAUCAAUUUCAUGGCAUAAGCCCGGAAAGAGGAUUUGCAGACUUUAUUUUUGCACACAUUAUAUUACAUAUUGUUAUAAUGAAUUUCAUUGGAUAAAAAUCAUAUACAAGUAUGCCGUAUAAUUAUAAUUGCAAUGCAUCAAGGAAUAUGGAAUCGUUACAGGAUGAAUUAUAUUGAUGUUGUAUACAAAUGUUUUUGUACUUGUGAAUCAGUUACAACUCAUAAUUAAUUAAUAAAUAAUUUAAGUGAAAA